GCACCGCAGCCACCCCUGAACUCGAAAUAAUCUCCAUGGGACCGUUGGCUCCGCUCCCCACCUCUCUCUCGGCAAAUACCAAACCACCCGUGUCGAUGCUGCUCUCCGCCAUCGCCACCGCCGCCGGUGUCGGCGGCGCCACCCAUAUACCUCUCUUCUACUGCCCCAAUUCCAGCACCGCAACGCAUCUCCAGCCCCCUGGCCGCAGGCCCUCCGUGGGCGCCCGUAUUCCCUUCCCCUCCCAACCCAACCCGACCCAAAACCACCACCCAUCACCAGUUCUCCGGAGCCAACCUCCGCUCCACCCCGUCUCCCUCCCGGAUCGCAGUGCGGAGGAACUGGCCCCCUCCUCGGCCGCCGCGUUGGCCGCGGCCAUCCGCCGGGCCUCCCAUGCCUCGCCGGUGGAGUUCACCCGGCGCGUGGAGAAGCGUGGUGAGGGCGGGCUGGUCCUGCCGAGCCCCGACUUCCUGCAGCUCUGCGUCGAGCAGCUCGAUUUGUUCCGAAUGGUUGUCGAGCAGGACGCCAUCUUGUCGGUGUAUGUCAGACCAGCUGGCAGUUAUGUUAGGGACCAGUUAGAACUACGUCGAGUUGCAUUUUAUCCAGGAAUUGGCAUCUCAGAAAGUACAGAUUGUGUGAUAUUAGUUGGUAAAUUUGCAAUAGCGGCAGGUUUACAUGCAGCUGAAGCUGUUCUUUCAAGACAGCAGGUGGAAGUUAUACCUGACUUUGGUGCUGUGGUUCUGCCAAUGGUGAAACAUCCAUUUGUUGUGGGAUUUCUAGUUGCAGAGCUUCCAAAGGUUGACAUGGGUAUGGUUGCAAACACACUCACUGACGAACAACAAUUGCAGUUCAGCUCAUCUAAAGAUGGUUCAUAUGGGUUACCACCAUCUUCUGAUAAGAAAACCUGGGAAAUUCAGGUUUUCAAAGAAGACUUGAUGAAAGUUCAUGGUCAGUUUACUAGUGAAAAAAGAUCCAGAGCUAUUAUGAUUUCUCGAUCUUUGGCUAUGGCAUAUGUCAUGGAUCAGAAAACAAUGCUUCUCCAACAAGCAUCUUGGCAAAAUAAUGCCAGAAUGAGUCAUCUAGUUGAGCAAAUCCGUGGACCUCUUUCUAGCAUCAGAGCUCUGAGCAAAAUGUUAUCUGUUCAUACAAAGAGAAGUGAGAUCUCUUGUGAUAUCAUUGAUGACAUACUCAUUCAAGGUGAUCAUAUGAAGGAUGCCUUACAACAACUCCAAGAUGCUGUUUACCUCACCAAGGACAAUAUAGUGCAGUACAACGAAAAAACAUUGAAGAAAAUGCAUGACUCAACAUACAGUCAUCCAGAAUCAUCUAGGUCUCUGCUAUCCAAUUAUGAUUCACAAGAAAGUGGAAAUUGUAGUACGCAAAAUGUGGAUUCAUUGCUGCCAACAGGCUCUGAAAAGGACAUUGAGAUGACCAUGCCACCUCUUUGGCUUGCACCCCUACAACAACACAAUAUUAGACCAUGCACUAUCUCCGAUGUAUUGACAGAUUUGGUUGGUGCUGCGGUACCUCUUGCUAAUAAGCAGCAGCGUUUGCUAGAAUUCAGUGAACUGUCUCAUCCAUUGCAAGUCUCUGUGGAGGAAUCUGCUCUGCGACAGGCACUUAGUAAUCUUAUAGAAGGGGCUCUGUUGCGUACACAUGUUGGUGGUAAAGUUCAAAUAUAUGCAACCAAAGCACCUGCUGGUGGUGCCCUAAUUGUCAUCGAUGAUGAUGGACCUGACAUGCAUUACAUGACCCAGCUGCCUUCUCUCACACCAUUUGGAUCUGGUCUCUUUUCAGAUGGUAUGGUUGAGGACAAUAUGACAUGGAACUUUAUUGCAGGACUGACCGUUGCUCGUGAGAUCCUAGAGAGUUAUGGUUGUGUUGUGCGUGUCAUUUCACCCCUGACACCUGAUGCUGCCAACAGGAGUGGUGGGACUCGUAUUGAACUCUGGUUUCCUGCACUGCAGUCUGAUUCAAUGGAGUCAGCUCAAGAAGAGUAGUUGGUGGAGAGUUAUUAGGCUUUUCCCAAUCUUAGUAACCUUUGUGUAGGUUUUUACACAUUGUUUCUGGUUCAUCUACGUGAAAUGAUGUAAAUAGAGUUGAUGAGUGCAGAGCAAAGCACUCUGGUACCAAAGCACACAAUGGUAUAUGUCCCAUUCAAAAUUCUGAUAAUGUAACACAAAGACCUUCAAUUUUCUUUUCACAAAAUAAAGUUCCAUGCAUUACUUCGUCUAA